GUGAACACUCUUUUCAAAUCCGAGGUGAGUGGGAACUCCAGAAGCGUAAGAAGCUUAGCAUCAUCAUUAAAACUCUCGAAGUUCCAACGCUUCCAAUGUUCGGAAUUGAUUCUGGCCUCAGAACGACUUUCACGAAGGCCUUUGAGAAAAUGAUGCCAAUGUCACUUUUAUCCUUUGCUGUGCUCUGCUUUGCGUCGAUGGUAAUUCAGGCAGAUGGAUGCCUGUUCAGCUCGGGCUGCAGCAAAAGGGACUGUAUUGUAAGUUCCUGGUCCAAGUGGAGUAACUGUACUCAGCCAUGUGGUGAGGGGGGAACACAAUGGCGCACACGCCGGGUGACUAAAGGAGCCCGAUGUGGUGGGUCGUGUUCGUACUUGCUCGCAGAUAUCCGGUCAUGUAACGAUGUAUGUCCCAACGGCGGGACUCCAGUUUUUGGUAAAUGCCGUUGUAAACCAGGCUAUAGUGGAAAGUGCUGCACUGGAGUUGAUGGAGGUUGGUCAAAUUGGAGCAACUGGACAGCUUGUUCGAAAACCUGUGAAGUUGGGAUCAAAUCACGAACGCGGAAGUGCUCCGAACCGGUGCCGCAAAACGGCGGGAAAUCAUGUCAGGGGUUAGCGAGAGAAAAAAAGAAGUGCGGUGACAAGCAGCCAUGCCACAUUGACGAAGGUUGGUCGGAUUGGAGUGAAUGGACUCCCUGCAGCGAAGAAUGUGGCAAAGGGAUUCAAGAGCGUGCUCGUAACUGCACCCGACCGGAGCCUAAUUUUGGCGGGAAACCUUGCGAAGGACAGGCUGAGGAAAUUCGAGAGUGCAACAACAACUGUGAAGAAGACAUAUUCGGCCGUUUUUUAUAAAAUCGUACAGUGCUACCUAUGA